AUGCCCUCUAAGGCAAGAUCAUUGUUCGAGCUCACCAGGCUUCACUUGUUCCCAGUAGGGUGCGACUCCACGUUUUGGCCCUUCGGUAAGAUAGACGAUGAGCUGGCGUACUUAACGUACGAAGGGCUGACCAAUCGCAUCGGGAGCUGUCACCAGGACCGAGGGUUCAGUUCUUCUGGUGGUUCUCCUUGCCACCGUCUUUUAUAUGUUUUCGCUUACUGGUUCAAGAGCCUGCACAAUCGGUGUUGUUUCACUCCCAGCUUGUGGCGGGGCGUAUCCGUUAAUGAAGCGCUGGAUGCACUGACCUUCUCUGUUCCUCGAUAUGGCCAAAGUUUUGGUGCUAGCUGGGCCGUCCCAAUCGCUUGGGUCGCGACGACGGGUCAGUUCAAUUGGGGCAUGAUCCUGAACUUCUCAAUCGCAUCCUGCUGCUGGGCAUGUCUUUACGACACCAUUUACGCGUGUCAGGACAAGAAGGACGACGAGAAAGCCGGAGUCAAAUCCAUGGCGGUCCGUCUGGGCAACGGCAUUCGUCCUGUACUGAGUUUAUUUGAUUUAACCUUCUUCGUAUCCCUUUUGUGUGCCGGGUACUUGAACGGCCAGGGUCUCCUGUACUACGUGAUCAGUGUCAUCGCGCCGUUCCUGCUCUGUCUCUGGCACAUAUGGUCAUUUGACCAUAAUGAUCCCAAGGAUUGCUGGGAGAAAUUCACGAUACGGAUAACUGACAUAUCCACGCAAGCCGUUAUGGCGCGACUAUGGAAUGAACGCAAAUGCAUUGUGUUAAGUUGGGCGUUGUCGUCCAAAGACAAGAAACAAGUAACCGAUGAGUUUUAUGUAACGACGAUCUCUCAGUUAGAUGAUCGGUGA